GUUCAUCUGUCAGUCUGACUGAAUACUCGCCAUGUUGUCUAGGACUACCGCACCUGAAAUCGGGAUAUCGGUAACGUGACGCCUCUAUCUAUUUACCGUGCUCCACCACUAUGACGACUUAGGGGGUGAGAGCGUCAGGGGACAUUAGUACGACGUAGGUGCACCUGCUGAAAGUAAGUGCCAGUAUCAACAGAACUCCGGACAAAAGUCCUCGUCAAUUAGUCAUAGCUCUACCAUUAAGUUCGCUUCUACUUGUUAUUGGGAAUUCAACUGAAUUUCCCCUGGAAAGCACUUUGUGCUGACAUCUACCAUCACCAUCAGCAUUGCAGUGGGAGUUAACAGAGAUAAAGGAAGAAGGGGAUUACCACURUCUCUGUCUGUCGUCAAUCUCCUACUGAUAUAUUUGAACCACAUCACAAGUAGGGUACAGGAAGAUGCCCGUUCAGAUUCCAGACGAUACAGACUUUACCUCUUUCAAGGAACAAUGUGAAAACCACGAAGGAUGGACCGCGCGCUACAACAAGGGAAGCGUGACGGUGUGGUGCAGGGAUGAAGAGUGUAAAACUAUCCAGAAACUAAAGAUGAGGAUAGUGUGCAAGGACGUGACUGCUGAGACCCUUUACGACGUCCUUCAUGACACCAGCUACCGGAAGAAAUGGGACGGCAACAUGAUCGACACCCACGAUAUCGUGCCCGAGCCCCCUGAAGAACAGGGACUUUGUUACCAUGAGAUCAUGGCUUCCUCUGGGCAACGACUACCUGAUCAUCAACUACUCUGUCAAACACCCGCAAUAUCCGCCCAAGAAGGACUACGUGAGAGCGGUGUCUCUGCUGACAGGCUACCUGAUUCAGUCCAACGGAGCCAGCUCCUCCACUCUCUAUUACCUAACGCAGGUCGAUCCCAAAGGUUCCCUUCCAAAGUGGGUGGUGAAUAGAGCUUCUCAGUUCGUAGCACCAAAGGCCAUGAAGAAGAUCUACAAGGCCUGUCAGAAGUAUCCAGAGUGGAAGAGGAAGCACAACCCUAACCUGAAGCCCUGGAUUUAUCCCGAGCAGAACACCUUACCGUGUAUUAACGUGGCUGACCUCGUACUACAGAGAGCCGACUCACUGGAGAACAUUGAUGAGAGUCGCCUGACGGAGGAGAAACAAGCACAACGUCACAGCGAUGACGAAGAGACCUAGUCUGAGUGAAGACACUGUUUGUAUAUAAUUGUGUGGCUGUGUUUAAAAUAGCACCCUAUUCCCUAUAUAAGUGUAUUACAUUUGUGCAGGGGCCCAUAAGGCUCUGGUCAAAA